AUGGACACCGCUAUGGGAGCCAACCUGGGCGCUGCUGGCCACGGUCCCCGCACAGAGCUCAAUGACGAGGACUACUACCCUCAGGGCAGCUGGGACACUGUCUUUCUGGUAGCCUUACUGCUCCUGGGACUACCAGCCAAUGGGCUGAUGGCAUGGCUGGCUGGCUCGCAGGCCCGACACGGGGCUGGCACGAGACUAGCCCUGCUCCUGCUCAGCCUGGCCCUCUCUGACUUCUUAUUCCUGGCAGCAGCAACUUUCCAAAUCCUGGAGAUCCAGCAUGGAGGGCACUGGCCACUGGGCACUGCCGCCUGCCGUUUCUACUACUUCCUAUGGGGUGUGUCCUACUCCUCCGGCCUCUUCCUAUUGACAGCCCUCAGCCUGGACCGCUGCUUGCUAGCACUAUGCCCACGCUGGUACCCAGGGCACCGCCCAGCCCGCCUGCCCCUCUGGGUGUGCGCUGGAGUCUGGGUGCUGGCCACACUCUUCAGUGUGCCCUGGUUGGUCUUCCCUGAGGCUGCUGUCUGGUGGUAUGACUUGGUCAUCUGCCUGGACUUCUGGGACAGCGAGGAGCUGCCUCUGCGGAUGCUUGAGAUCUUGGGGGGCUUCCUGCCCUUCCUCUUGCUGCUGGUUUGCCACGUGCUUACCCAAGCCAUCACUUGCAGGACCUGUUGUGGGCACCAGCCUAGGCCUAUGGUCUGCCAUGGCUUUGCCCGUGUGGCCAAGACCAUUCUGUCCGCCUAUGUGAUUCUGAGGCUGCCCUACCAGCUGGCGCAGCUGCUCUAUCUGGCUUUCUUAUGGGAUGUCUACCCUGGAUACCUGCUCUGGGAAGCCCUUGUCUAUUCCGACUACCUGAUCCUGCUCAACAGCUGCCUGAGCCCCUUCCUGUGCCUGGCAGCUAGUGCCGAUCUCCGCACCCUGCUGCGUGCUGUACUUUCCUCCUUCGCAGCUGCUGCCUGUGAGGAACAGCCUGGCAGCUUCACACCAACUCAGCCACAGACCCAGGUGGCUUCUGUGAGCCUGACUCCGCCAGGACAGACAGCUGAAGGCCAGCCACGGUUGGAUCCCGUGAGCCAGCCUCAGGUGAAUCCCUCUGUCCAGCUACAGUCUGAUUCUGUGGUCCAGCCUGAGGUGAGCCCCUCAGUACAGCCACAAUCAGACUCUGUGUUCCAGCCUGAGGUGGACUCCCUAAUCCAGCCACCAUUGGAUCCUGUAGUUCAACCUGAGGUGAACCCUUUAACCCAGUCACAGUUGGAACCCAUGGAUCAACCUCAAGUGAAUCCUCCAGCCCAACCACAGUCAAAUUCUGUGGUCCAGACUCAAGUGGAUUCCCUAUCCCAGGCACACUUGGAUCCUAUGGCCCAGCCACAAACAAGCACAGAGGCCCAGACCCCUGCCUAUGGGGCUGAGUCAGCCUCUAACCCUGGUGAGGAAAGCUCCCCCAGUCCAUCUCCAGAUCCCAAGCUUGGGGCCCCCGAGAACCUAGAUGAGCCGGCUGUUCUUGAGGGAGAAGGCCCGAGUAGUGUCCCACCACAAGAGGCCCCCAGCACAAGUCCUACUUGA